GACUCGCGAUCUGCGAGAGAGUUAACCCACAUGAGGCGAGUCAGUCACCGCGCCUCCCCGGCUUUGCAUGUGCGUAUCCCGACCCGACCCGAUCCAGCGCGGAAUCAGGACUGACACGAAACUUAGGUAUCGAUUUACAGGUGUUAGAGAUGACUCACACAGAGAAUGUCACCACAACACCAGACUCUGAAACAAAUAAUCAACCUGAGUGGGAGAAAAAACUGGAAAAACUGAAGGGCGAAACAAGCACAGACCCAACAGAUGAUCUUGAAACACUAAAAACAAAAAAUGGACGGAUUCAACACUUUCUGAACCAAAUUAUUGACAUGCUCAAGGAAAAACACAUCCUCUGCAUCAACUUGGACAAACAAAACAAAGCACUGACAACUCAGACUGAGUCGCUGAAAGAAAUUACGAACAUCACAAAGGAUUUGCUUAACAUUCGGAAUAUGGAGGUUGGGCAUUUGAAGGAGGAUAUGGAGAAAUUGCAGGGAAAAAUCACACAGGAGAGAGAACGACAAAAGCUCAUGCUCAACAAAAUGGACACCGCCUCGACACUGAAUGAUAAACUGAAAACCGAGUAUCACACACAAAUGAACCUGUUCCAGACAUUGAAGGACAAGUACGAACAGCGAGUGAACGCACUGAUACGAGAAAAUGUUGAACUUAGAAAAAAGUUAGGCCUCAACCCAGAGAAUGCAGAGACAGCAGCUAAAACGCCAAGUUCUGACGUGGCCUCAUCAUGAGGCUUAAACUUUAAGUUUGGACUGGGCAGUCCAAAUCAUUUUGUACAAACUAACUACUUGAAGGGAAGGCUACCCUACAUUUACGAUACUGUUAAAAGGGAGACAAUGAAUGUUUUGGUUCUGUUUUUUCUUGAGAAGAUCUGCGGGGAGUGAAAGAGGUGUGAGAAGUAUAAAACAAAGUUCGCAGUUUCCUGCGACUUUUUCUUCUGCCUCAAAUAUGUUCAUAGAAUAUAAUGUUUGUUGAGAAUAAAAUUAUGUAAGAUAAG